AUGUUUAUUAUACUAUUCCAAAUUAUUACAACAACCUUUGCAUUUCCAGAUGUCACACUAUCAUUUGGCACUCUUAUGCCCAAAUAAAAAGACCCUGAAGAAAAUCUACCUGCUAUUGUUUAUGAAAAUAAUUAAAUGAAUAGCUAUUUUGAUUAUGAUCAAUUUCCAUUAUUAUCAUGUUGUCCUACAAAUCUGACUAAAUAUAAAGUAGAUACACAUAAUCUUCAUGGACAUGGUAAAUAGAAAUUUACAUUACCCUUGACAAUUAAAAAUAAUGAAGAUAAAACUAUUAUUUUGAGAUAAUUAACAAUAUCAGAUUAUUUAGACUAUUAAGAGAUAUCAGUAGCUCCUAAAUUAUCUUCAUUACCAAUUAUAGAACCUCAUUAAACCAUUGUUGUUGAAUUUAUUCAUAGUUGUGAAAGAUAAAUUAAUAACUCUAAUUACUGGAGUAUAUAAAAUGUAUUUAUACGAUUUCAAGACUUUUAAGGUUUAAAUUUCUAAUAUUAAUUUAUUUGUGAUAGUAAUUUUCAUCCUAAAAGGUAUUAAAUAACUAUAUUAUUAGAUUUGAUUGGAGUAAUAUAAUCUUAAUUACUUUUGAUUCUGUAGUUAUUAUUAUCUUAGCUACUUUUGGAAAAAUUUAUUCAUUUCGAAUUAGUUUUGUGACACCUGCAAAAAGAAGAUAAUUUUAAGAAUAAAACAUUUAAAAUGUAGAUCUAAGUCCUUUUUAAGGAUUCUAUUUAUAUUGGCCUUAAGCUUUAGUAUAUAUGGCAUUAUUGUUAAUUGCUUUAUUUACAUCAAUGAGUUAUAAAGAAAAAGCAGAGAAAAUUAUUAAAAUCUUAGUUUAUAUAAUUUGUUUAUUCACUUCAUUUCAUUUUUUUAAUGAAAUUUUUGGUAAAUUUAGAAAUACUCUCACAUUUUUAGCUGAAAAAAUUUAUUGCUUAAAAAUUAGGGAUUAUUUAUCAAUCAUAUUAUCAACCCUACUUAUCUUCUUUUAUUUAUAUUAUGAAUAACCCUGGUUUGUAUGUAUUAUAUGAUAAUUACUCUUAGGUUAGUAAUAUGCUAUCAAUUUGUAUUUUGGGAUCUUUGAUCAAACUAUUCAAAAUAACAUCCUUAAAAAAUGCUCUCUAAUUUUUUGUACCCCUUAUGAUUGUUGAUAUUUUCUGUUCUAUUUAUUUGAGUUAAACUGUCAGAUAUGAAUGGGAUAGUGUUGCAUUAAGAUAUUUCAAUACUCCACUAUCAGCCUAAUUUCCUUAUUUUCGAUAUAUUUACAAGAAAAAAUGUGCAUGGGUUUCUAUUUUUAAUUUAUUAUUUCCCGGUAUAUCUUUUAAUAUGAUUAUGAGGUUUCUUUUUGGGUUAUGUAAAUAGAUUUGACAAACAUAAAUAAACAUAUGUCUAUGAAAUUAUAGCCUUCUUUGGAUUACUUGUUGGACUCAUUUUUUGGGUUCUAAUUUAAUACAUAUUUUCAUUUCCUUUACCAACGUAUUACAAGCUAUUAUUAUUUUAGAUCUAUCUUUACUGAAGUAUUGAUGAUCCUUACUACAGCAUUGGUAGCAGUAUAACGAAAUGAAUUCAAUAUAUUUUACACUGGAAACUUCUAUGAUCAGAUAUUAAUGGAUCCAUUCAAAAAUGAUAUAGCCCUUUAAGAACCAACAACAUUAGAAAUGUUUGGAUUAGGCUCUACUACUUAAGUAAUUAAAAAGGACACAACAUAAUAAUAAGAUCUAGUAUCUAGAGGAGAUUAAGGUUUAAUAUUUAAUAGUCAACUCUUUGUUGGAUUGGCUUCAAUUAAUCGUCCUUAAUAAUAAUCAAACGUUUUAUAAUCAAAGUCAUAAUAUUAAUAUCACAAUUAUUGA